AUGUCUUUGAACUCAAGAUGGCAGACUGUGUGUUGCCAGAUACUUUGCCGCAGGAGAUGUCAUCAUCAUACCAAAAGUUCACAUUGCCGAGCAAGGAGGAAGGCCACCCCUUUCGUCACCAGUGCCAGCUAUGACGAGCUCACCUUCGUGUGGUACAAAGAAGCCCAAAGCCAGGAGUACUUGAAGAAAUGGGUGCUGGAACGAAAAAUGACUCAACGAGUCGAAGACCUGCAGCCCUUUGGCUACGCUACGCUGGCAAUUUUAUGGUUUGUUUAG